AUGCCAGCCACAAAAUCAGACAUAAUCAAAAUCAUUGCUGCUAUCAUUUUGCCGCCACUAGGUGUAUUUUUGGAAGUUGGAUUUUCAUUGGAUUUGUUAAUUAAUAUUAUCUUAACCUGUUUAGGUUAUAUCCCAGGUAUUCUUCAUGCGUUGUGGGUUAUAUUAAGGAAUUGA